AUGAAGCCUGCCAUGGACGUGGUUAUCCAGCUCAAACGCCCGGAUUGCUCAACGAUGGUCCCAAAGUCUCGGACAAUCCGUGGGCCAGGCCAGCAGGCUUUCUCCCCAGAUCCUCUACGUCAUUCUGCGCGAUGCCGGUUGUCCUGGAUUUGUUGGAUGACUUUCUGGGCAUGGCAAGGAAGGAAGAGGUCGCUCGCCCAAACGCUUCCCCUUGGCACAUUGUCUCUGGAAGGGGCAGUGGCGCUGGUUGCAGCUUUCUGCCCCUCAGAGUGGCUGACUGCAACUUUGGCAGGGUGCCUUUAUCGUGGGGAGGAUUCACCGCAGCCCUCUCGGCUGGACCCGGUCCCCGACCUGCUGCAAACUGCAACCUAUGGGCCAUCUGGUGCGGACUACUUCGCGAAACUGGAGGACUAUCUGGCUCUGAGACCGAGAGCACCUCUGCCAAGUGCUGGGCACCUCUGCGGCGAUCGCCCGGCUGCUGCAGCUUGGGGUCUGGCUUGCUCCGUCUGGCCGCUGGGCGGCCUCUCCUUCGCCUGGCCUCGGAAGUCUCGCUGCUUCUGGGAGGAAGGAGUGGCUGCUGAAUUCCAGGAGGUUCUGGUGAACGAGGGCUUGGAGGAUGCCAUACGAGCUGGACAUGAAGUGCUGUUUCAGUGCGAUCUCGGCUUCAUUGCGAUUCCUCUGGACUUGGAGAGGGACUUUCUGCAGCGGCUCCGGUGCGCCUCCCAGGCAUCGCAGGCAUCGCAGAGCGCUUCGAGCAGCUUCUGA